AUGGAGAAUAUCUGCAUACCCAUCGGCCUCGACGCCUUCACCUUGUCGGCAAAGUCUUGCGACGAUGCCAAUCUUCUCAUCGCACCACUAACUCAGCCUGCCUACGUUGGACUGCGACUUGACAGCUCCAUUAUCCAGCACGACAUUUUGAAUCACGCUGACCUUCACAACACCACCCCAACUGCUUUCAAUCCUAGGGUUACCGAUCUUGGGAGCUCCGACGCCGCGCUGAAGAAGAACAGGCUAGGAGUCUACCUGCACUGGAGCCUGCCGCGACUGUACCGCACAGGAGCUGCAGCAGACAGGGCGAAUUAUGCUACGGGGCCCGAUGACCCAACUCUUCUCAAUCCAAAUCCUGUGUUUCGCCGAGUGCCCAACCGAUGGUUGAUCGUCCGGAAGCUGAAAAGCAGUCUCCCGCAAAUCCCCCGCGGGUUUACUUCUUGGGUGGUUGAAAGCGACAGACUACGCUACUUGACUGACAUUGACAAGGAGAAUCCGCAACUUGAUCUGGAGUCGGAGGUCAGCCCGUUCGUCGCCCAGUCUCGGGAUCCCGCCAACAAAAACCCACUCAACGAACAGACAGAAGUCUUCAUUGGGAAUAAAGUUCCGGCACGGGGAUACAAAGAGAACAAGAAUGGAGCAUCUGUUGACUUGACCAUAAUGACCUCCUCCAAUCCUCUCUUUCCUGAUUAUGCCCCUCACAAUGCCAACGUAUUCUCAACCAUUGACAAUUUCGAAUUUGUAGAUUCGCAUGGUAACAAGGACUACCUGCAGAAUGCAGAGGCUGAUUAUUUCGUCCUCGGAUGGCAUUCAGAGGCAAAUGAUGAUCCUCUCACAACCACCAAGGGAAAGCUUUCAGACCGCCUCUACAGACUUUUGCUUCAACUCGACUCGAAAAGCGUUGCGGACUCGGAAAAAUUGAAGCGACUACAGGACUCGACGGACGCCGCUCGCAUUCUAUGUUACUCGGCAGUGUACAAUGUCCAAUAUUUUCGGUCUGAAAGGACACCUUCUGCCGCAGACGAGACGGCCAUGAAAUUUACCAAGGGUCCUAAAAUGGAGCCCCUUUCCAUCGGAGCUACGCCUCUGGAUGCGGUCAUGGCUUUCCUAGACGCCCACCAUCAUCCAGGGGAGGAGGAAGCGUUCUUCGGUGAUGGUGCCGGUAAGCUUGCGGGGCAGGUUCUGGCUCUGAAAGAGCUCAUGUAUGCCGCGGAAGAUGACUACAGCUCACGAGUGAGGGCUCAAGACCUUGUGUUUGAGAAGAACUAUGCUGCCGCGGAUGGUGGUUCCGUCUGGACCUAUGGCCAGACAACUGAUCCUGGGCAACCGCCAGUCGUGCCAAGUGGAGAUAUCCAAGACAAACUUGCUCAAAUCAAUGAAGAUCAGACAAGACUGGAUGCCGCCAAUAGGAAAGUUGCGUUAUUGAGAUGGGAGUUGUUCGCCGCAUGGUGGAAGUUUGUUAGCGAUCAAGCGAACCAAAAUGAUCCUAGCCGGUUGAAAUUCCGUCGUCAGGUAAAAGCCAUCAGAGACCAAAUCGAUGUUCUGUCAGGAUUGAUUGGGAAACUUGACGGUGUCAAUGGGACGAUUGCAACGGCCAGCAAGGGUUUGGGAAAGAAGUCCGCGAAAUCUCCCUACUACACUCGCAAGGAUCCAACACUAUGUAUUGCUGGUAUGGACUCGGCUUGGUCAGCGGAUUACAUGAAGCCAGCAAUGGUAACGCUGGACGAUCAACAGCCGACAGACAGCGACAAGUAUAAAGCCGCGGAUGAAGUCUUCCCAAUCGACAAGAGUCCCAUACCGACCGAUAGUGAGUUGAACAAGACAGCACGCCGACUGAUCGCUGAGUUUAUUUCGUCACCGAUCGCCGACUCGAAAGAGGCGUCGCAGCAAAGUGGACGGCCUGGUGCAAGGGCGUGGAAUAACGCAAACCCAUUCGUGCCCCUCUUUCUCGAAUAUGAGAUUUUAUACUAUCACAUUGACUUCAAGAAGUGGGAGGUAUACGAUCGACAAUUACCUUUCAAUCAUGCAACCAGCCACGUCCGCUACGGGAUAAGACAGGAUAUACCCCCUCUUUACUCGGCGGAAGAGAACCAGAAAGAUGUGAGAAGCUUGACCGGGAGAGUGAUACUCCUUCCCCAACCUGUUUUUGACUUAGCCGCCACGGUCAAACAAGUCACCAGCAACUUGCCAAAAGGCUUUACGUUCGAUGCUCAAGAUGUCACCCCGCCACCAAGCCCCCCAGGAACUCAACAAUCACUUGAUCAACAAGUGGCCGAUCUAUUGAGAGGCAUCCACGAGCUACAGUUUAUAUCUACUCCUCUUGUUGGACUUACUGAUCAUCUCCUCACGCGUUGUCCGGGCUCCCAUGUGAAACCAAUUGUCCGCCAUCAAGGCAAAGACCUCACCAAGGGUGAUGCGCUUGACGAGGCCGUGACGGUCGCGAACCUUGAUUUCAAGUCGAAUCCGGCGGGACCGAAUGAGAACCUAGAUAAAAAUGCGCUGAUGCAAAUUGGGCAGGAAUCAGCACUCACACCCUACGGGAACCUUGUGAAUUUCGGUGAGGACCCUCAAAGCCCGGCACCAUUCAAAGGAGUUACGCACGGCCAGAUGAUAUUUAAAAAGCUCGCAAUUAUCGACAAGUUUGGCCAAGCAAUUGCACUACCGUCUGCAAUGCCUCGCUUGAGACGAGACGUUGAAGAUGUUCAGGCUAUUCAUCCUUGUCUAAGUGACUUUGUGGCACCCAGUACCCUACCGGCGGCCGCUUCCAGUGGAUUACCUUUCGGCAACUUGAAUACGGUGCUUAAAGAGCCAGAUCUUCAGAAGGACGUCAAUCCAUUAUGUCGAUUUAUUCAACUUGGCCCUAGCAUCAACCAGGAUACCCGUUUGAAUGCCACCUUCGUGGGCCGCCGAAAGAACAACGCGGGAAAACUUACCUGGCAAGAAACUUCCGACUAUGACCAGCCCGCAGGACCUGUCUGGGGUUGGGUUGUCAUCAACUACGCGGAAUCUGGACUACAGUUCUUCCUCGGAGAUGGAACAUUCUACCGAGAAGUACGUUUGGGAGGGGUCGAUGGAGCAACCCCCAGUCAGAAGUGGAUUCCUUUUGGUGCUCCAAAAGGUGGUAAACCAGACCCGACUCUGUCUGGAGCCGAAAAUGCGCAAUUGGACGCGUUAAUUUCCAAGUUGAACGCAGACUACUUGCAAAGUUUCUUCGACAUGAUCAACGGGAGUGUUACCACUAUGCCGUUUCCACCCAGCGACUACAGCAAUUACACGAAUUCCAUUGUCGGCAAACCACUAGCUCUGGUCAACGUCGGCUGGAGUCUAGAACUCGCUGCUCCUGCCAUCAAAGCUCAGAACACCUUGGGUUUAAGCAGUGGUCAUGAGAUGGACGACCUAAAGGCUUACAGCUUUCCUCUCAAGAUCGGAGACAAAGAUCGACCGUUUGAUGGAGUCGUAGGAUACUGGGAAUCUAACAAUGCAGAAGGAGACGUUAGCACCCAUUUCGACACCUGUUAUACUUACUUUGCGCCUCACGACUCGACGAAGACAAAACCAUUCCAGAAAAUCGCCCCGAGUAAUUUCCACCAGUUGCACCCGACGUACAUCGACCCCGAAGAGGAGACUACCCAAAGCAUGACGGAAGCGAUCGCCUUACAGUACUAUGUAACUGCCAUGCUUAUUGAUCCCUACACCCCAUUGCAUGGCUAUUCUCCCAUCCUACCAAUUACGAAGCUCCAGGUGCCUUCGUGGUGCAUUGAAUCCGGAUUCCAAAAAAUCACCGCUUUCUUCCGACUGGGUCCACAACUGGUGACGAAAGACAUUCCGACUGACUACGACGCUGGAACGCACGCGACGCCUGAGACCUGGUCCAUCCCGCCUCCCGCUGAUGCUGUAGCCGCACCAAUUCGUCUCCCAGUCUCCGGAAAGAAAGGAUUGUGGAAAUGGCUACAACCGUACCGUGUCAACGGGGAGACGAAGUUCAACAGUCUGGAUGUGGGCGAGGAGGAUACCCUGAUCAGGAAUGAUAGGGCGCCCUACACUUUUGUGGAAGGUUAUUUGCAGCUGGCGAAACCACUGCUGACGAAUCCGCAGGCACCAGCGAAAGGUGGAUAG